AUGAUUGUAUUAUGUGAAAUCCUAGUAGGUACAGGUCAGAUUCAGACGCUGGACAAUGCAACCUGUGCGUGUAGAUGUAAGGGUCUCAAGUGUAAAGUCAAUCAGUUUAGAUGUCACAACGGUCAGUGUCUAGAUGAGAACCUCCUGUGUGACGGUGCUAUUGAUUGCGACAGUGACGAGCUGAACUGCACUACCAUGACACCUCCCACAUCCACAAUUUCCGCGACAAGAACAACACCGCUGUCCUCCACGAUCAGUGUGAGUGUGACAAUGCCACCCACGACUCCCACAACAACCAAUGUGUGCGACAAGACAAUGUGUCCACCUCUGUCUGAGCCACCCAAGAAGCUUGGCGAGCAGCACAUCCUAGUGAAGACCUCUGAUGGUUGCUGUGAUAUUUAUAAGGUGGUGUGUAACUGUUCAGGACUAACCUGUCAAUACCCAAUGAAACCAAAGAAUGUGUCCACUAAGGAGUGCUGCCCUCGCUGCUCUUGCCCAUCAGUCUGCCCACCACCAACUGACAUAACCUGCCGUUCGGGUUCUACCAGGGUGACUGUCAUCUCUGUAUGUAACUGUAAAUCUUACGCCUGUGUGGAUAAUACUACAGCCCCCACCACCUCUGCCGCAACCACCAUCUCUGUUGGCACAACGCCUCAUGUGACACCCCCACCGCCGUGUUCCCGCACUCUACCUAACGGGACGAGUCACACCUAUCAGCCCGGUCAGAAGUGGAACGAAACCUUGUGUAGAUCUUGUAAGUGUGAAGAUGACAUGAAAUCCAGUGGGGGAGUGACCUGUAUGGAAAAGCAAUGUGAAAAGUGUAAACUGGGAGAGAAGGAAGUGAAAAUUCCUGGUCAGUGUUGUCCAGUUUGUCUUCCGUAUGCAUGUGUUGUGGAUGGCAAAGUUUAUACGGCUGGGAAAGUCAUCCCCUCAGCUUCACCUGAAGACAAGUGCUUAACCACGACUUGUGAACACAGGCCAAGUGACCGCGCUUACUACAUCCGCAAGUCCUGGGUGUCCUGUCCUGUCGACCUUCCCUUCUGUAAAGAGGGCCAAAGAGAUCGAGAUAUAACUGGUUGUUGCCCGCUUUGUCUAAACAGUACCGAAAGCACGUGUGCCACGUGUGAUGUGAAACUCGUCUAUGGCAUUCCUUCCAAAUCCAUUGGCUUCUUCAAGGUCCAGGACAACGGCGUGGUCUGUAAAAAUACCGAAAUCAUUCCGGACUUGAGUGAAUGCAGUGGGUACUGUGGCUCAUCGGCCAAAUACAAGGACUUGCUGUCUGGUCUGCAGAAUGACUGCCGUUGCUGCCAGGCGCAGACGACCGUGUCCAGACCGCUGAAGCUGAAGUGUGAUAACGGUACGAUCAUCGAGCGGUCCUACAAAGUGCCGACCAGCUGUGGCUGCAGCGUGUGCACCGGAAGUCCAUAAACACCAUCGGCCAUUCCAACCGAAACACGGAUCAUCCGAACCGUUCCCGUUACCCGAACUUUUAUUAGCCCAAGGACAAAUUCUUACGGCAUUUUAACUUAUGUAGACAGUAUGUUAAAAAUAAAUAUAUAAAUAAAUAAUCUUCAAUUUGUGGUUUCAAGAGGGAGUUUCAUGUUUUGAUCAUUUUUUGUCCAGAUGGACUGUUCAUUUAAGAUAUUCUUAAGAGUACCAAUGUGCUUCAUGGUAACCGUGUUGCAGCCAAAUGGUUGCUGAAAUUCUUAAUUAUGUAGUGUACAUUAUGGUUACCGUAAUUAAAUUAUCAAAAUAAAGUGAAAAGCAGCGCAUGUGUGUUGAAAUGUAAAUUAUUAAGCGCUUAAUCUUGUCUUGUGACAUAUUUGAUUCAACUCCCACUCUGCACAUUGUCAUUCAAUAAAACUAGUCUCUGCAUGCUAAA